CUAACGUGGAGGAGCUGAAGUUGGGCUUCAAGGGCCCCAUGGAGAUAUGGUGGGGCCAAUUUUCAAGGGAGUCAUUUGGCAAACUAAGAGUUUUGGAGAUAGAAGCGUGUCAUGAUAUUUCACUUGUGAUCCCACAUAAUAUAGAGCAGCUCAUCGUGAGAAGUUGUUUAUUCAGUGGAAAAGGUAAUCCAAGUGGAAGGUCAUGCGGGUGAGACUCUUCCACGGUUAACUAUAAUGUACUUGGAAGAUCUACCUAUGCUUAGGCAUCUAUCUGGGUUUGGGUCAAUUCUUCAAAAUCUUCAGUCUUUACAAGUAUCUCGAUGUAGAAAUUUGAUAAAUUUGGUAUCACCUUCAAUGGCUAAAAGACUAGUGCAACUCAAAGAGCUGACUGUUUGCUCUUGUGAUAAGGUGAAAGAAAUAGUUGAAAAUGAAGGAGGUGAAGCAACGGAUGAUGAGAUUCUUUUCACCAAAUUACAAAAACUGGAACUUUCUUUUUUACCAAAUCUGAAAAGCUUUUGCUCAGCAAGAUACACUUUCAAAUUCCCAUGCUUGAUAGAAAUGCAGGUAAUAACAUGCCCUAAGAUGGAGUUUUUUUGCAAAGGAGACUCAAUCACAGAAAGCUUACAGAGAGUGGAGAUGGAUUAUUAUCACCAACGUUGGGAGAAUGACCUGAAUACUACCAUACAAAAGAUGUUUAUGGAGACGAAUGCCGAGCCUAUGGAAGAGGAUUUUGAAGAAUAUGGGGAUUUUGAAGAAUAUUGGGAUUUUAAGGAAUUGGAUCCCAAGGAAGAGGAUUCUGACGAUGAAGUUCCUGAUGAAGAAGAUGAUGAGGAAGGGGAUUCUGAGGAACAGCAUCCCAAUGUAGAGGAUUCUGAAGGACGAAGUGGAUCCUUGGGGCCAAGAUCCUGAUAAGAAAGACUAAGUUCAACUUUUCAUAUGCAAAACAAAGAAAGGGUUUUCCUUCUACAUGGUACAUAUAUAUAUGCAGAAUUUGGCUUCAUUUGAGGACAUGUAUUGAUACCAUCCCAGUCAGAGAGAUGCUGCCAAUGAAUUGUUCAUCAGUCUCUUUUGUAUGUUUUGCUUUAUGAUGCCAUAUCUGUAAGUUGCUAAUGCUACCUGCUGGCACUUAAGAGACCAUUCAACUGCUUGUGGUUCAAAAUAUGUAUGUGAGAUUAAGCUUUUGUGCACAUUUGACUUUAUUUGCAUUAUUCUUGUGUACGUGUAUUAAUGUUAUAUAACCAAGCUUGUUAGGACCUUUCA